AUGUCACACACCCCGCGGCCGCUGACUGGCCGGCAUACAUGACUGCACUGAGCUCUGAGCUGAGCUGUGCGAUCACUGACAGAGGCGGCAGCAUCCGCAGCAGGAGCUCUGACGUCACGGCUGUGGCUCCGGGGCGGCACUGCGGCCAGAGGCUGCUGACAAAGGGACGGAUAGCUGCGGGACUCGGCGAGAAGCCUGAAUAAUGGAAAGGAACACGGUGUUAUAACAGAUCUGACAGCAUGCACUAGAGGUCUUCCAAGCACCAAGAAAACAAGACUUGAAAGUCCUGGAGACAAAAGGAGCUGGGGAGGAAAUACAGAUCCUGUGCCAAUGCAGCAACACAAACGGCAGCCAGAGUUAGUGGAAGGAAACCUUCCCGUGUUUGUCUUUCCAACUGAACUUAUAUUUUAUGCUGAUGAUCAGUCAACUCACAAGCAGGUGUUAACUUUGUAUAACCCCUAUGAAUUUGCCUUAAAGUUUAAAGUCCUGUGUACAUCCCCAAACAAGUACGCUGUUGUUGAUGCUGCUGGUGCCGUGAAACCUCAGUGCUGUGUUGAUAUUGUUAUCCGACACAAAGAUGUCCGAGCCAGUCACUUUGGCGUUAUUGACAAAUUUCGCCUUCAAGUGUCCGAACAAAGCCAGAGAAAAGCGCUGGGACGCAAAGAGGUAAUAGCAACACUUCUUCCGUCAGCUAAGGAGCAACAGCACAAAGAGGAAGAAGAGAAGAGGAUCAAGGAGCAUUUAGCAGAAAGUGUCUUCUUUGAGCACACACCAUGCCAACCGGAUAUCAGAAAUUCUUCCUCAGGACCCAGCUUGCUGAUGGUCCUCCUUGGCAUGGUUUGCAUUGCAGCACUGAUGAUGCCCACUUUGGGUGAAAUGGACUCUGUGGUGCCUCUCUACCUCCACUUAAGUGUGAAUCAGAAACUAGUAGCUGCCUAUGUUUUAGGUCUUAUAACAAUGGUUGUUCUGCGGACAUGAAGGUUUUAGCUCACCUGGACUAUGGCAGUGUUUGUUCACUUCAUCACAUGGACUGCGUCUGGCUGUUCCUCCGGCAGCACUAUCCCUCCAUACAGACCUAGCAGUGGUUUUAAGGAAAAAUACCAGAAACAUAAACUGUUUUAACUGUGUAUUACUGUAACUGAAUGGCUGAUAACAUUACCGAUGAAUUUGUUACAGACAACCAAGAUUCUUUUGUUAAAUGAGGUCUGUGAAGAAAUCUGAAGAAUCUGCAUUUUAUAUGUAUGCCUCUACAAUACUUUUCUUGUAAUAUUGACGGUCAUUUUCUACAUUUUGUUUGUGUUUCAUUUUUCAGUAAUAAUAAAAAUGGAAAUAACAUGA